UUUAUUUAUUGUUUCACGGAAAUCAGCUUUUAGUAUAAUGACAAUUUUUUCAACUUGAUUAUAUUUAACAAUGAUAAUUUGUCUUAUAGUUUAAUAAUAUGAAGAACGGCGCUGCUGUAAAUUAAUUGUUGCGUUUAUAGUGUUUGCAAGAACAGUUAAAGAACAAAAAUGUCAACUGAAAACAUCGAUAUAUCUACAAUUUAUAACGAAAAUAAACUCAACGAAAAAAUAGAUGCAAAAGAAAUAUUCGACAAACUUAGAGAAGAAUUUGAUAUUGAAACAACCAACAAAAAAAGUGAAAAGGGAUGUGAAAACAAAAAAGUUGAAAUAAUUGUUUGUGGUCCAAAGGGAAAUGAAAUCAACUCUUAUAAAGUCAUUAUUUGGGCAAGUUAUGGAUACUUCCUCUAAUCAAUAUAUAAGCACUCGCGUUGGUACAUCUUAUAAAUUUGUUAAUGAUAAUGUUAUUAUUUGGGAUCCAAAGGAACUUAACAAAUGGAGCAAGAUUUCCAUAGAUGACUUUUGGAAAGAAUGUUUUCAGUAUACAACAGAUUUGCUAUCUUUUUGUCUUUUUUGCGUAGGAACAGGGGCUAAUGCAGAUACAAGCCUAAUAAAGUACAUGUUCGACAAAUAUGUUUUUAAAAACAAUAUACCGUUGUUCUGGGUUAUCACAAAAGCGGACCAAGCUGAUAUUAGUCAAACAAAUGCGUUUGUUAACGAAGGAGUUAAACUACUUUGUGACGUCAUUAAAGUUAUUCAACCAACUAUAGCAUGGAAAACAGUAAAGAGUUUUAUUUUUCGAAUAAACUCAAUAAAAUCUUGUAUAAACAUUCCUAACCAACCAGAAACAAAAAUUAAAAAGUUUGAAAUAAAAACUUUGAAUAACAUUUUUGCGGAAUACAUACCUAUGUCUUUACAGCAAAAUUUAAUGCAACUAUUCAAAGAUGAUAAAUAUUAUUUGUCUUACCUUACAUCAGUUUUAAAUCCCAACAUGUUUAUUUUAUUAUUAAAACCAGAACAAAUUGAGUCAGAAAGCGAGUUAAAAUGUGAUGUAAAUCAAAUCAAAAACCAUUAUAUUAAUAAAGCUACUGAUAACAUAACAUAUAACCGUACUUCAGACAAUGCAAGUAUCUACGUUUUAGAACCUUUCACAAAAAAUAGUAACGAAACUUUGAAUCCUCAAAAAGUCAUUCCAGAAAAGUUGAAAAAAGACCCAAGUGAUAUAAAAAAUAAUCAAUGUUUCAGCUGUGUUAUUAUUUAAUGAAGCACAAACACAUAAACAAUUGAAAUUGUAUCAAUAAAUUAAUAAAUGCGCAUUAGAUCUAUCUAAAAAGUGUACUAUGAAACAAACUUUUACGUUGUAGGUUCUAGUCUAGUUCUGUUUAAAGAUAUUGCAAAUCAUGUUUUUCAAAGUCAAACUUUUGACAGUAAAUACAUACAGCUUUAUACAGUUUUGUAAUUUUUUACACACAAUAAGAUUUACAAACAGAUUUAACGAAACCAUAUUUUUAUUUUAGACAUUAUUUUUUUUGGUUGGUUUUGUUAUAGAAUAGAAUUCUAUGAUAAUGUAAA